AUGUCCACACCACUUCCAAACCCACCGUUUAUAUUCCCAGCGCGGGAUCCAGAUGCAACAACUCAGACUUCGACAGCCCCAUCGAGCGGACCUCCACCCCUUCCCGCCUUUUCUUUUAACCCGGGAUCCGCACAUUCAUCGCAACCCUCGAUGCCGAACCUCCCUGUGAAUCGAGCAGGUGGACACCGUCGUCGAUGUAGCGAGUUCGUCGGCGGGGAGCAACUCGUAAGCUCUGAGCCAGUGGAGGCGAGUCGGGGCAAUGAGGUUGACUCAAAUACAACGCCGACUAAGCUCCCGGUUCCUGGGCCGGGUUUCAGUGCGGGUGGUCCUGGAAAGCGUCGCCAUGCCCAUCGGCGCUCGGCGGCGAUCUCUAGUGUUGAUCUAACCGCUAUAUCGAACACGCUCGAUCUGAAGCCCGCUGUCGGAAGCGCGCCACUGUUCUCGACAGGCGCAAAGCGUGAUCUUGGUGCAUCUGACGAGGCUCUUAGACCCACAUGCUAUUCAGCAACAACUACUUUAGGUCGAUUUACCCCGCCUGCCUCUCCCCGGAUUGUGAUUAGUGAUGAAUCAUUACCCGUUGUCCAACCCGAAAGAGCAAGCGACCGUCUCACCGAAGAGCAGCCCAUUUCCGAAAUCUCGAAGGGUUCUGGAAGCACAGUACGACCGGAUGAUACAACUAGAAAUAGUGAAAAGCCUGGUCCAUUUACAAGUGAGCCGUCAUCAUCUGUGGAUCGAACCCAAAAGCCGAGACCGAGAACAGCGGACGCAUCUCUGAUGCUCGAUCCCAACACGAUCAGUGGAACCGACGAUGCAUCUCGGAUGAAGCGGCCUCUCUCUGCCACAGGGCACUCUCGUUUUCACAAAAGUAUAUCUUCCGGGAUCAUUGACGCCGCAUUGAGGAGACAUCAUGGCGAUGACAGUCGCUGGGCAGAAUCCUCAAGGCACUCUUCUUCCGACGAUGGUGAUUCAUAUGCAUCCACUGAGGAUGCCCGUGGGUCGUUUGAGUCUACGUCUGCCUCGAAGAAAAAGUCGAAGACUAAGAAAAGGCAGAAGAAAGUACGUUCUUGGGCUGGGGCCAUUCUUACCCGGGGAAAGGGGAAGCGCCAUCAGUCGAAGAAGGACGAGACGAAAGGCGAGGCGAAUCAGUCCGAAAUUACACCUCCAGCAAUUAAGAGGACCAAUUCAGAUCUCGGAUCAGCAGUGGACGUGAAUUUUGACGAUGAUGAGGAUAUCGUCAUUAUUCGGACCCCUACCAACCCCGCUGUUCCAAAAUCGAAUGAGACAACAUCUGAACUUGAACCUCACGUUACCCUGGAAAAUUCGUGGAAGCCACGGAGUUUCUACGAGCAAACAACACAGAAUGAUGCUCUGAGCCCUAUCAUCGAUCUGGAUGCAGCUCUGGGGCCUUUUAAUACUCCUGAUGGGCGAUCCCGCGGUGCCCCUGAGAGCGGUUUCUCGGCAGCGACAAAGCGGAUGUAUAGUGGUGGACGCCGAGGCGAAUUUGUCGGGCCAGAAAUGCGCUAUCACCGACGUACAGAAAGUGCCCCGGAAAUGCCGCCUUUUGACCGUAGCUUCCUCAACCAGGCGCGUCUCGCGAAUAACGCGUCACUCGAAAACCCGGAUGUGUUUUACGAAGAAGAGGAAGAUGCUUUUUUGGCAGCUACAAGUGAAUCCCCCAGGCACAGCGAUGACACUGUUCCGGUACAGGCUGUUUCCUCCGGUGCUGAAAGCGUCGACCUCCAAUCAGAGGAUGGCAAAGUUAGCUCGGACACCCUUACUCGAGAACACACAAGCGAAGUCAAUACGCAACAGUCGGGUCUCGGCAUUCAGAAGGACGGGCUACCUGAACCAUCAGAGCCUAUCGCUGUCUCUACAUAUCAGGAUAGUAGCCGUCUCGUAGGACAGCAGCCUUCAACUUCACCCAUCGAACUCACCCCAAAUAUCCCUCCCUUCUCUCUUCAGGGUGGUAGUUCUUUGUCUAACUCCUCCUUUCCAUCUCCCGACUUCACUGGCUCUUCAUCAGAUGCCCCUCGCUCGAUCACGACUUCCUCCACCACCGACCGUAAAUUUUCGAGUCCUUACAACCCUUCUAUGGACUUUCCUCAUGCAUCUGUUGAAGAUGUGCCUUCGUUGACUAGCAGUGCAUCAACAACGACGAAUCCUCUGAACCGAUUCUCAGCGACCUUCUUUCCUCGGCCCCGGCUGUCUACAGAUCGCUCGGCGUCAUUUUCUGCGGCCGUUAACAGGCGCAGCAGCCAGGCCAACAGUUCGAAGCGAUCAAGUUUGGCCAGCCUUUCCAAGUUGGUUGUGGGGUCUCACGCAGAAAGGAGUAAGCUGAGUUAUGAGGAAAAGCCGCCGAGCGAUGAACCGGAGAAAGCGAAAAAGAAAAACCACCGGAUCAGCCGCUUGAUGCAUUUUUGGAAGACAAAGGACAAGGACAAAUUGAAUGAGGGUGCAGUCCCAGAAGAACAGCUGUCAUGA